ACAGCGGUGAAUGCAGUAAGGGCAAAAUGCGAUUUUUGUAAAACUACUCUGUCUUACAAAGGUGGAGGUACAUCCAAUUUACGAAAGCAUCUCCUUGUUAAGCAUCCAUCAAUUGAGUUAUCGCAAACAACAUCGGUAAGAAACGAUGAACAUGCCACAAUGGCCCCUGAACAUAGUACGUCAUCAGCUACAAAACAAACGAGGCUCAGCAACUACACGCAACCAAAAUUAUCAAAAGAAAUGGUAACAGCUUUAAAUAAGAAGCUACUGCAAAUGAUAGUGAAAGACUUUCAACCGUUCUCCAUUGUCGAGGACGUUGGCUUUAAAAACUUCAUCAGUGAGCUGAAUCCCUCUUAUCAUAUUCCAUCUCGCACAUUUUUAACGAAGAAACUGUUGCCACAAGUUUAUGAAGAGCGCGUAAAUGAGGUGAAGCAAAUUUUGUCAGAAGCCAAUUUCGUAUGCCUCACCACAGAUGCAUGGACAUCUUUAACAAGUGAAAGUUUUGUAUCGCUUACAGCUCAUUUUAUAUCCAACAUUUGGCAGCAAAAAAAGUUUGGUUUUAAAUUGUUUUAGAAUGAAUGAACGCCACACUGCCAUUAAUUUGCGAAAUGUUUUAAUAGAUUCAGUAACUGAUUGGAAUAUCAGUCAGAAAAUUUGCGCAGUUGCGUCCG